CUGGUAGGAGGGAAGAUGGUCGCUGAUGUUUACUCCCGUCCCUCCCUCCAGGUCACCGCUCCGUCCUUUGGCCCCGUGAAGACCUACGAGCUGCUUCACCACAUGACCGGAAAAGGUCUGUCCGCCAAGUACCACUUCCCCAGGCAGCCGUGUCUGCACCAGCCCGGCAUGGUGGCCGUCCAGGUCACGCUGAGCAACGGCUCGGACCGCAGCCUGGAGGAGAUCCACGUGGGCGACCGGAGCCCGGCGAGCCUCAACAUCCACUGCUUCAACACCAUCGAGCGGCUGGAGCGGGAGGCUCGGUGA